AUGUCAAAGACUGGACAUGCUAGAGAAGAUGCAGAAGCUUAUGCCCAAGAAUUGAACAGAAAAAGGAUACUCCAAAUGACUGAGGAUGAGAAAGAUGAAAAUAACGAAAAUGGAUCCGAUAAAAUAGCUUUUGGAGCAGCCGGGCAUUAUGACACAGACGUUUAUGGCAGUGUACGCGGAAACAGAAGCGGUAAAUACCUUGACUCAAUCAAUACAGCAGACGAAGAUGAUAUUGAUGAGGAUACUAUUGCCCCAAUGCCGAAAAAGGCAAUUAAUGCCCCAGCGAAAUUCAUACAUGAAGCUUCCCACACUGGUGCUGAUGAAAGCGAUCCAUUUGCUGAAACACGAACAAAGACAAUCAUAGAGCGACAAGCAUCCAAAUAUGCAGAACGUGCUCGGCAUAGAGCAAUUUCACCGGACAGAAUUGAUGCGUUCAUUGACCAAACGCCCGAUCAAAGAGACCGUGGCUAUGCAGAGAUUAUGAAAGAGCAGAAGUACAAAGAAGAAAAGGGAAAGGUUGAAAAAGAGCUCGCAGACCGUCAUAAGGCAGGCGAACUGCAGUCAGUUGCUGCACCCGAGCGCAAGAAAGGAAGGUGGGAUGAGACUCCUAAUCGAGAGGUUCUCGGUGCAGGAUCUGCCACGCCCUCUGAUGCAACUCCCGGCGCUGCUCCACGAAAACGAUUGGGAAUAUCAAGUAUUAGCGCUGAUGCUGCCACACCACACGUGGCUCGAUGGGAAGAAACUCCUGCUCACGCUAAUGCUACUGAUGCCACACCCUCUAUAAACAGGUUUGACUCCACUCCCUCAACACAAACUCCAAGAAGAAAUCGGUGGGAUGAAACGCCUCGAGAGAGUGUCCGCGAUGCAGGAGGUAUGACUCCCGGCUGGGGAAUGGAUACUCCUGCACGUGCAACAGAUGAUGUUAAGGUCGAAGAUACACCGUCUGCCUCCAAGCGACGUUCUCGAUGGGACUUAACACCUUCGCAAACGCCAGCAGCUGGUUCUGUAACUCCACAAGCUGGUGCAGUAACGCCAUCUUUCACCCCUAGUCACGGAAGCACACCUGCCGGAGCAUUAACCCCAGGAGGAGCAACUCCACUUGGAACACCGGCAAUGGUCAUGAAGACUCCCGCAGUGGCAGUACCAAUGACACCUGAUCAAAUGAAAAAUUUCCUAUGGGAGAAGGAGAUUGAUGACCGUAAUCGUUCACUAACAGACGAAGAGCUAGACGCACUGUUUCCGCCUGGAUAUAAGAUUCUUCCUCCUCCUGCUGGGUACAUGCCUUUGAGGACCCCAUCGAGGAAACUUUUGGCAACGCCUACUCCUCUUGGUGGUAUUGCAGCGGGUGGUUUCUUCAUGCAAGGCACUCCAGAAAGAGAAGGACUCGGUGUUGGUGGGAUUCUCGACACGCAACCAAAAAAUCAGGAUCUCCCUCCAUUGAAGCCGGACGACAUGCAAUACUUUGACAAAUUGUUGAUGGAUGUAGACGAAAGCACACUAACGAAGGAAGAGUUGAAUGAACGCGAAAUCAUGACCCACUUGCUGAAAAUCAAGAACGGUUUGCCACCGCAAAGGAAAAGUGGUCUCCGAAAGAUUACCGAAAAUGCGAGGAAAUAUGGCGCCGGACCUCUAUUCAACCAGAUUCUUCCACUCUUGAUGUCUCCUUCUCUAGAAGACCAGGAGCGUCAUUUAAUGGUUAAGGUAAUCGAUCGUAUACUCUACAAGUUAGAUGACCUCGUUCGUCCAUAUGUCCACAAGAUUCUUGUGGUGAUUGAGCCUCUUCUCAUUGAUGAAGAUUACUAUGCAAGAGUUGAAGGUCGUGAAAUUAUAUCCAACUUGGCCAAAGCAGCUGGGUUGGCAACCAUGAUUUCUACGAUGAGACCCGAUAUUGACAACGUGGAUGAGUACGUGCGAAACACUACAGCGCGUGCUUUUGCUGUAGUCGCAUCCGCUUUGGGUAUACCUGCAUUGCUUCCUUUCUUGAAAGCUGUCUGUAAGAGCAGAAAAAGUUGGCAAGCGAGACAUACUGGAAUAAAAAUUGUGCAACAAAUGGCUAUUCUUAUGGGUUGUGCAGUGCUUCCCCAUCUCAAAGCCCUUGUUGAGAUCGUUGAAGGUGGAUUGGAAGAUGAACAGCAGAAGGUACGUACAAUCACAGCUUUGUGUCUUGCCGCUCUUGCCGAGGCUGCUACACCAUAUGGUAUCGAAGCUUUCGACUCCGUGCUAAAACCUCUUUGGAAGGGUAUCCGUAUGCAUCGUGGAAAAGGUCUAGCCGCAUUCCUCAAAGCGAUUGGUUAUCUAAUUCCUCUUAUGGAUGCCGAAUACGCAUCUUACUAUACCAAGGAAGUGAUGCUUAUUCUCAUAAGGGAGUUCGCUUCACCUGAUGAGGAAAUGAAGAAGAUUGUGCUGAAGGUAGUAAAACAAUGUUGUGCUACCGAUGGUGUUGAAGCACCUUACAUUCGGGACGAAAUUUUGCCACAUUUCUUCAAAGCGUUCUGGACGCAACGAAUGGCAAUGGAUAGAAGGAACUACAGGCAACUUGUGGACACCACCGUUGAAAUGGCACAGAAGGUAGGUAGCGCAGAAAUGAUUGCGAGGAUUGUGGACGAUUUGAAAGAUGAAAAUGAACAAUACAGGAAAAUGGUUAUGGAGACCGUAGAGAACAUAGUUGCAUUGCAAGGUGCGAACGAAAUCGAUUCUCGUCUCGAAGAGCAAUUGAUUGACGGUAUUCUUUAUGCCUUCCAAGAGCAAACACAAGAAGAUGCUGUUAUGCUUGAUGGUUUCGGUACGGUCUGUAAAGGCCUGGGAAGGCGAACAAAACCAUAUCUCCCACAAAUUUGUGGUACAAUUUUGUGGCGUUUGAACAAUAAGUCCGCCAAAGUGCGACAACAAGCCGCUGAUCUUAUUGCCCGAGUUGCUCCUGUUAUGCACAUCUGUGAAGAGGAAAAACUGAUGGGCCAUUUGGGUGUCGUUUUGUACGAGUAUCUUGGAGAAGAGUACCCUGAGGUUCUUGGAUCAAUUCUUGGUGCGUUGAAAUCAAUUUGUAAUGUGAUCGGUAUGACAAAAAUGACUCCUCCCAUCAAGGAUCUUUUGCCGAGGUUGACUCCAAUUCUGAAAAAUCGUCACGAAAAGGUACAAGAGAACUGCAUUGACCUGGUAGGCGCAAUUGCUGAUCGUGGUUCCGAAUUUGUGUCUGCCCGAGAAUGGAUGCGUAUUUGUUUCGAACUUCUCGAAUUGCUCAAAGCCCACAAAAAGAGUAUUCGUAGGGCUGCGAUCAACACCUUUGGAUUCAUCGCGAAGGCGAUUGGUCCCCAUGAUGUCCUCGCAACACUGUUGAACAACUUGAAAGUUCAAGAAAGGCAGCUACGUGUCUGUACUACAGUAGCUAUAGCUAUUGUAGCGGAAACUUGUGCUCCUUUCACCGUACUACCAGCAAUCAUGAAUGAGUACCGUGUACCGGAAAUGAAUGUUCAGAACGGAGUGCUCAAGGCUUUAUCGUUUAUGUUUGAGUAUAUCGGUGAAAUGGCAAAGGAUUACAUUUAUGCCGUAACACCAUUGCUGGUCGAUGCCAUGAUGGAGCGGGAUCAAGUACAUCGGCAGAUUGCGAUUGAUGCAGUUGCUCAUCUUUCCCUCGGUGUUUAUGGUUUUGGUUGUGAGGAUGCAUUGUUGCACCUUCUGAAUUACGUUUGGCCUAAUAUGUUGGAAAACUCUCCCCAUCUCAUUCAGCGUUACAUUUUUGCUUGUGAAGGAAUGCGUGUCUCACUUGGUCCUAUCAAGGUUUUACAAUACUGCUUGCAAGCUCUGUGGCAUCCAGCGCGUAAAGUGAGAGAACCUGUUUGGAAGGUUUACAACAAUUUGAUCCUUGGCUCCCAGGACGCCCUCGUUGCCGGUUAUCCACGUAUUGAAGAUACGGAAAAGCACACAUUUGUACGAUACGAGUUAGAUUACACCUUAUAA